GUAUAUCAUCUUACAUCUCACUUGAAGUUGACUUCCUCCGUAUCCAAGCCACAAUAUACAAAUGAUCAAAAUCAUUUUAUAUUAUUAUUUUUAUUAUUGGAAUUCUCAACAUUAUUAAAUGUACACUCGUCUCGCCUUUCCGAACCCAUCCUCCUCCUCUGUUCUCGGCAUUUCUUCUCACUUUUCAGAGAACACUCUGAAUCUCUCCCUGUUUCUCCAUUGGUUCAGACAAGAAGGAGAAGAAGAGAAAUCAUCUCAUGGGUCUGCUUCAUCUCCUCACAUUCUCUCUCCUCCUCUUCGUUUCAGGAGCCAAAUUCUCCGGCCGACCAGGUGUCAACUACGGACAGCUCGGCGACAGCCUCCCGUCGCCGACCGAGUCAGUGAAGCUCAUAAGGUCCCUGAACGCGACGCGCGUCAAGAUCUACGACGCCGACCACUCCAUCCUCGAGGCACUCAACGGCACCGACAUUGCCGUCUCAGUCAUGGUUCCAAACGAGAUGAUCGUCAAUAUUUCCAAGUCCCGAACCCAAUCCGACAACUGGGUCCUUACCAAUGUCCUACCUUUUUACCCGACCACCAAGAUCUUGUACCUCCUCGUCGGCAACGAAGUCCUCUCGAACCCGCACCCGGAACUCAGAUCCGGUCUCGUACCCGCAAUGCGCAAGAUCAAGCAAUCGCUGAAGCGACUGGGUGUCCACAAGGUAAAAGUCGGAACCACACUCGCCAUGGACGUGCUCCAAACCUCGUACCCACCAUCUAGCGGAGAGUUCCGGUCGGAUAUCUCGGGUUUGGUCAUGAAACCGAUGCUCCAGUUCCUCAACAAGACCAAAUCCUUUCUCUUCGUCGACGUGUACCCAUACUUCGCCUGGUCACAAGACCCCAGAAACAUCGAUCUCGAUUACGCCUUGUUCGAAUCGAAGAACAUCACGAUCACCGACCCCGCCACGAAUCUAACGUACCACAACCUCUUCGACCAAAUGGUCGACGCCUUUGUCUUCGCCAUGGAACGAAUCGGGUAUCCGGAUAUUCGGAUCUGGGUCUCCGAAACUGGUUGGCCCAACAACGGAGACUACGACCAGAUCGGAGCCAACAUCUUCAACGCCGCAACGUACAACCGCAACGUCGUCAAGAAACUCACAAUCGAUCCACCUGUCGGAACACCCGCCCGACCGGGCCGGGUCUUACCCGCUUUCAUCUUCUCGCUCUACAACGAGAAUCAGAAACCGGGUCCGGGCACGGAGCGGCAUUUCGGGUUGUAUAACCCGAACGGGAACCCGGUAUACGACAUGGAUCUGUCGGGGAAGACGACAGAGUACGAGGAUGUGUUGCCGGAGCCGGGGAACAAUGAGCCGUACAAGGGGAAGAUUUGGUGCGUGGUGGCUAAAGGAGCGAAUUGGACGGAGCUGGGUGAGGCUCUAUCCUACGCUUGCUCGCAGGGGAAUAAUACAUGUGACCCGAUCCGACCCGGUGGCCCGUGUAACAAACCCGAGUUCAUCUUGACGCAUGCCAGCUUUGCGUUUAGUUCUUAUUGGGCCGAGUUUAGGAAGAGUGGUGCCACGUGUCAUUUCAACGGCCUCGCGACCCAAACCGUUAAAGAUCCGAGCUACGGACGCUGCGAGUUCCCGAGCGUGACGUUGUGAGAGGAGAGAGGUCUUUGAUAGAAACAGCAGGAUGUUUUGGCUCAUUGAUUAGAAACGGCACGUUGUUGUGAGGCGGGGUCUUAUUAUGAGUCUAAUUUAUUCGGGAAACAAAUAAUAAAAAAAUCUUCUCGGGUUGCUAAUCAACGGCUACGAUUCAACGUUUGAGAACACAUCCAACGGUUAGUUUUUGUGCUCUCAGAAUUUUCUAAUUUAAAUUUGUAGUUUUGUUCAGAC